AUGAUCAACACGCGCCGGAAGAAGGGGUUCCUGCUCCAGGGCGGCCACAUCGAGCUCGAUGAGCAGAGGGAGCACCCCGUCGACCAGAAACUCCGCGCGCUGGCGGAGCGGGAGGGUCGCAUGGGGCCCGUGCAGCCCACGCGCCGGAGGAAGCCCACGUCGGAGCUGCCCCUGAUCCAGCGGUACCGCGCUGUCUCGCCUGACGCGAACGGGCGGCUGCGGGCGUCGGCAGCCGUCGCGGAGCUCCAGAAGGGCCUCCCGGGGGCCUGCAGGUCGCCACGGCGCCUGCUGCCCACGAGGAGGCUCGACGUGCGGCCGCCCCCGAACGGGCACGGCGGAAAGCUGCCCAGGGUCAACCCCAGGAUCGCAGCUCGCUUCAACAUUCCGGACCCGCUGUCCCGGACGGUCUCGGUGGUGUCGCGCUCCGUGGCGACAGCCUCGCCCCUGCCCCCGGGCUCCAGCCUGCGCGAGAGCGUCAGCAGCCCGGACACCCUCCGCACGGGGUCGCCGGACAGCUCCGUCCGCACGUCCUCCAGGCAGCGCGCGCCCCGGCGGCAGAAGCCGGAGCCCUGGCGCCCGGGUGUGGCCAUCCCCCCAUCACACCCCGGCUACGAGUCGCCCGACCUCCCUCCGCUCGGGGGCGGGCCCGAGGACGUCAGUCUCGGCGACUGGGGCGCCUGGCUCGCGGAGGACCCGGGCGAGGCCUCGCGGUCGCCCGUCCGGGCGCCUGCACCACCCUCGGAGCACAGCGACAACGUCCCGCCCCCGUCGCCGACGUACGUGCGCGUCGUCCUGCGCCAGCGCGACGCCGUGCGCGUCGGCCUCGACGCCACCGCCGCAGACCGCACGCCCACGCCCACCCCGGAGCCCCUCCUGGACCUCGUCGAGGACAGCCCACAGCCGCGCCCGCUGACCGUCGCCCACGUCCCGGCCGGGCACGUCUCCACGCUCGCGAAGCUGCACCCCCCGCAGUCCGCUGGGGCCGCCGCGACCAAGGCGCGCCGCAGACGGCCCGACAGCCCGGACCUGGGGCCGUGGGACGGACCGCCGCACACGAUGCCCAGCGGGUGGGACGUCGAGGACGCGGAGCGCCUGCUGUCGCCGCACAGGGAGGCGGAGGUGUCGGCUUACACUCCGGCGCGGUCGUCGGGCGCGUCGGGCACGCCGGAGAGCAGCGCGGCGGAGCGGGACGCCCCCGAGCUCCCGUCGGCACGCUCCUCGCGCAACAGCGCCGCGCUGGGCGGCGCGUCCAUGCCCCUCGCGCCAGACGCCGGCGGUGCAGGAGUGGAGGUGGCGGCGCCGCCGGCGGAGUCGCGGGGCAUGACCGCGCCGGCGGCGGCGCGCGCGCGGCAGCCGCGUGCGGUGGAGAUGCACCUGGAACUGAUGUUCGACGACGAGCCGGGGCUGGAGCUGGAGCUGCACGUGACCGAGCGCCUGCCCGAGACGGAGUCGGGGCCCGUGACGAUCUCGCCGACGCCACCGGCGUCGCCGCCGCCGAUCCCGAAGCGGGAGCCCCCCGCAGCCCCCGAGGCGUUUGCGAUGUCGUGCGCCGCGGCGCAGGACGUGACGUGGGCGCCGCUGGACAGCGGGCGGCUCGCGCUGAUGGUUGCGCACUGCCACCUGAAGCGGCACCACCGCUACUCCGCGCUGCGCCGGCACUGGGAGACAGUGCAGCUGGACAUCAGCCCUGAAUCGACCGUUGGGGACGUGCUGACCGCCCUGCGGUCGUCGCUGGGGUACAUCCGGCACGUAGAGUUCGCCGGGUGCCCCGUGCUGCGCCCGGAGCCCUGCGGCUGGCAGACGCUGGCCUCGAACGCCAUCAGCCCCAAUCGCGCCGUCGCCGACCUGAUCCAGGCCGGGGGGGUGCUGCACGUCGUGACCGUCGACAAGCCGCGGCCCGUGAAGAGCGUGACGUCGUCGCGGCGCGCCAACACGGAGAUGCCGUUCCGCGCGCUGGUGCUGCUGCCGCGGAGCGUGCAGGAGUCCCUCCUGCGCAAGCUGAGGACCGACCCGCAGCAGCUCGCGCCGUGGGGGAUCAUGCUGCCCGACCCGCCCCCGGGCAAGGUCAACGAAGGCCCGGAGCGCCUCCUGUGUCAGGUGUACCCGCAGUACACCGGGGAGCUCAUCAAGACGCACGUCGAGCGCGCCACGGGGUUCCCCAUGGAGCGCUUCCGGCUCAUGUACAACAACAAGGAAAUCAGCGACCAUGACGCGCUGUGGGACUUCAACAUCCGCGACGGCUGCACGCUGCACGUCGUGGAGCGCAACGCCCUCUCGCGCUGCGACGGCUCCAUCGACUUCAGCGCCCUCACCGACGGCCACGGCCCGUACGCCGUGCCGCCGGUGCCGCGCGACUCCAGCGCCCCGCCGCUCGACCCCACGGACCCCAACACGGCCACGAUGUCGAUGCUGCGCCUGGACGAGAGCUGGCGCCCUUCGGCGACCGCCCCGCCGUGGCGCUGGGUGCAGCGCGGGAUCAACGUGGAAGGCCUGUGCCGCAACUACCGCUGCCCAGCCCACGGCAACGGCCGCGUCGUCGCGCACGCUGGCACGGGCGAAGUCCACCUGGGGCCUGCGGGGCAGGACGGGCGAGGCAACUGGCGGGGCUGCCCCGUGUGCGGGUAUACCUUCGAGCCCCUGCACGCAAUCAUCCUCGGCGCGCGCUGGGAGGCGCGCGGCGCGGUCGUCUCCGGGAGGGUCGACGAGAGCGACCCCGUCGCAGUGCAGCGCCACCUCGAGUCGAUCCGCAGCGCCGACGCCGCGGAGUCGCCGCCGCCCACGCCGCGCGCAGGGAUGCCCGCGGCGUGCCUUGCGUCCACGCGGCGCGAGGCGGGCCACUGCGCGCACGUCCUGGACCUGGGCAUCCCGAGCAGGGACCCCGCGGUGGCCGCCCUGGGGGGCACUCCGAGGUGGGCGUUCCUGCGGCUGUACGCGGUGGCGGGGAACCGCCACAAGUGCGCGCUGUGCACGGAGUUCCUCAGCCUGCAGGCGCAGGACAAGGCGUGUCCGUUCGACGCCGCGGGCGUGGUGGCGAAGUGCCGUCACGCGUACCACGCGCAGUGCCUGGAGCUGUGGCGGUCGCUGCCGGGUCUGCCGCCGCGCAGCUGCUACCUCUGCGACCUCCCAGCGCCUGCGGUCCCGAGCAUGCCGCGGUGGAGCGACGCGCCGACCCCGCCGAAGCUGCAUCCUGCGUCGCUGACGUCUCUCAAGGGCACCGUCGACAACGCGCUGUCGGGCGACGGAGUGAUCAUCGAAGAGGACAGGCCGGUGAGCCCGGGGUCCGACACCAGCGACCUGAAGUUCUCCGCGUCGUGGACCGAGGGAGAGCUGCGACGGAGCGCGGGGGCGCGUGCGGAGCUGCUUGGGGUGGCGUCGAGCCACGACCAGACGGGCUUCUGCCACGUGGGCCUCGACUUCCACGGGGGCAGCUCCCUCAGGCACGGGAGGCCGCACGGGACGGCCGGUUCCAACUUCGACUGCCCGUGCCCCUGGACGCCGCCGUCAGGAAGCCCCACGGUGCACAGAAACACAGCGGCGGGCGUGGGCACAGGCCUCCCGACGAGCGCCCCAAUGCUGCACCUCUUCUCCCGCCGGCCGUUCACGGGGCAGCCGAUCUACAACCCCGCGGGCGCGGGGCGGUCGAUGGGCCUGGGCAUGGCGCGGGGUGUCAGGUCGAGUUUGUCCCCGAUGGGGGGCAACUACCUCCCGCAGGCCGUGCCGGUGCCGGAGGGCGCGGACAUCAACGUGAGACAGCGCUUUGGCGCGAUGAGUCAGCCGUGGGAGCCCGGAGUGCGCGCGGUGAAGACGCCGUCAGACGCGGACGGUGCCGCCGCCGUGCGGUUGGUGAACGAGUACAGCCGCGAGUUGGACGGCCGGCCGAAGUCGCCGAAGCUGGCGACAUACUCGAAGCGGGAGAUCCGGAGUUACGCGAAGAUGGUCCUGUCGGGGCUCGGGAGCUUUGGGCCAAACACCAAGUGGCAAGCAAACCUGCGCAGUUCCGGGUACAGCCGCGGCGGUGGCUACGCCCUGUCGUAG